AUGGCAAGGAGACAAGCUUUAUUCCCUGGCGACUCCGAGUUUCAGCAGCUGCUUCACAUAUUCAGUUUGCUCUCUUUCCUUCACAAAGCUGUAACAGAGAACCAUCGUCAGUUCAUACUCCACCGUGAGGACGGUUCAUCCACCACCGUGAGUUCAUCCUCCAUUGUCAGGACGGUGGGUGAAGAUGAAUUUGGAUACAUGCUUGCUGAUAUUUUAAAGGAAAAUAAUGUAAACAAUGAAGGAAUGCGCUUUGACCCUGGUGCCCGAACUGCUUUAGCAUUUGUGACACUGAGAAAUGAUGGGGAGCGUGAGUUCAUGUUUUACUGCAAUCCUAGUGCUGAUAUGCUACUUCAAGAAACUGAACUUGAUUACGAUUUAAUUAGGAAGGCAAAAAUUGUUCAUUAUGGUUCCAUAAGUUUGAUUACAGAACCAUGCAAGUUAGCCCAUAUUGUAGCAGCAAAAGCUGCAAAAGAUGCUGGUGUGAUUUUGCCUUACGACCCCAAUCUGAGGCUACCAUUGUGGUCAUCUGCCGAGAGUGCCAGAGAAGGAAUUUUGAGUAUAUGGGAGAUCGCUGAUAUUAUUAAGGGGGCUUUGAGCUGUGGUUGUUGCUGCCUUUCAGUGGUUGCUACUGUCUUGUUGUUGUGUUGUUCUCCUUGGUGUCUGUUUGCUUCUUGUUUCUUUUUGGUUUCUGCUGGUUGGUCUCUCUCCAACUAG